AUGCUUCGAUCAACAGAAGAAAACCAUAUACAAUACCACAUAGCGGAAAAUGGAUCCCGAAACAGCGACGACUCUACGGAAGCGGCCGCUCUCAGUCCGCAUCUCGAAACCAGGGGAGUCUGGCGGCAGCAUGGCAGAAACUCUGCCGGCGCCGGAGCCCCUCAGCCCUACCGCUCGUCUCUUCAAGGAUUUGUUCAUAGUCACCUUGUUCGGGUCUAGCAAGCCCAUCGACCUUGCCGCUGUCCGUGCCGGCCUGCUCAGACUUGUUGCUCGCCACCCCCGCUUUUGCUCCAUCCAGGCCACCGACACAUUCAACGACGGCACGCCACGGUGGGUGCGGACCACGGUGAACGUCGACGACCACAUCGUCGUCCCGAGCCUGGAGGACGACGGCGACGUGGCGACCAACCCAGAGCAGGCCGUGGAGGACUACGUGGCGUCGCUGUCGACGCUGGCCAUGGACUUCUCCCGCCCGCUCUGGGAGUUCCACAUCCUCAACUUCCCGACCUCCGCCACGGUCGCGGCAACCGCCGUGUUCCGAUGCCACCACUCGCUCGGUGACGGCACGUCCAUGAUCUCGCUCGUCCUCGCGUCGGCGCAGACCGCGGACAGCCCGGCGGAGGUGGAAGCCGCCGCCUCCAUGCCGCCGCCGGUACGUCGUAAAGGCCAGAUCUACUUCCGGCCACGCCCACCACGGUCCGCGGGCGUCUUAGCUCUCGCCAAGUGGGCUUGGUCCUUCGUCGUGCUCGCAUGGAAUACCAUGGUCGACCUGGCUGGCUUCUUCGCAACCCUACUCUUCUUAAACGACCCCGAUACGCCCUUCAAGCAAGCGGACCACCUCGCGGAAGCCAAGAGCAGGCGCGUCGUGCACCGAGGCCUCAGUCUUGAUGACAUCAAGUACAUCAAGAACGUAUUGAACUGCACAGUGAACGACGUGCUAGUUGGCGUGACUUCCGCGGCUCUCUCAAGAUAUUAUUUUCGGAAAAUCGGUGACACUGAUACAAAAAAGGUCAUCUGCAUUCGGUCACUCAUCCCUGUCAAUAUAAGAUCGGCACCUGGCCUACAGGCAUUAGCUGACAUGCUGGAUUCAAGCAACGGCAAAGACGUAGCAUGGGGAAAUCGACUGGGCUUCAUCCUUCUGCCAUUGCAAAUAGCCUCGUACAAUGAUCCCCUGGAAUACAUUCGUAAGGCCAAGAAAACGGCGGACAGGAAAAAGUUCUCGUUGGAAGUCCUCUUCACGCAUGCAGUUGUUGAAAUAACCACCAAACUCCUUGGGGCCAAGGCGGCUGGCCUUGUCUUCGAUCGCAUGCUCGGUCAUACUACCAUAUCACUCUCCAGUGUGAUGGGACCAGUCGAGAAGAUAGAGCUUUCUGGGCAUCCAAUCGUCUUCAUUGCGCCGACCACCUUCGGCGUGCCUGAAGCUCUUUGCUUGAACUUCCAGAGUUACAUGAACACUGUAAGGGUGGUCCUAGCAGUGGAUCACACGAAAAUUCCAGAUUACCAUAUUCUUUUGGACGACUUCACUGCAUCCCUUAAGACCAUCCGAGAUGCGGCCAAAACAACAGGAGGAGAAUGAAACCGUCCAAUAUAUGUACAUGCGAGAAGUAAGAAGUUUGCUGCUGUUAAGAAAAUAAAACUUCCCAGUUUUUUUUUUCAGACGAAAAACAGUAUGUUCAUUAGAAUUUGAGUCAUGCUCAUAGUUUGCAAAUUUUAAAAUUCAGAAAACUGUAUCAGUCAACGUUAUGCACAAAUAAAGAGGGUAUCUAUAUAUAUUGUUGCGUAA